UUCUGGUUUGUUUCGGUGUUGAAUGUGUGAUUAUCAUAUGGAAAAUUUGGGAAACCACAGAAAAUUGUGUUAGAGGACAGGUAUGAUGUCUGAUGACAGGCUCGCCGAUCCUUCCCUCCUCUUCUUAGGUACUGUAUUAAAUAUUAAAUCUCUCUAGAUUAGAAGGUCAGCGAUUCUGUGAUAAAACUAUUAUCAAAUAGUUCUCAAGUUGAACAGUUCUAUAUUUAUUAUGUAUACAUCCCCCACGUUGUAACCUCUCACCUGCAGUGACGAUGAUCCAUUCUUCGCCAACCAAAAACGCCGAAACAUUUCACUGAAGGCGGUAUGCCGUGCUAUAUUGGGAUUUCGCAUUUUCCAAUUUGUGAAAUGUAAGCUAUGUCAGGUGAAUGCGUUUUCUUAUUGCAACGUGCAAUUACUUGUGUACGCUAAUUCGUGGCUGAUGGAUUAUGUGUAAACAUUUCAUUUGGGUUUUUUCUCACUUUCCGAUCAGCACGGGACAAUUAUUAGGAAUUGGACGCUUUUACUCAUUCAAUUCAAACUCUCAUGCAUUAAAAAAAAAUACGAUUGCAAGGUGGAAACUUCUGCUCCUAGCUAUUACAGGACGAGCGCUUUAAACACGGAAAAUAUAAAAGUAAUGAAAAUAUUUACGUACCAGGUUUAAUCAUUUAUAUACACAGGACAUCUCUAUUCAUUGAACUGGAAAAGUUAUAUAGGAAAGCAACAGCGUUCAGUACCGGCAAACUGGAUUCGCUCCGCGAAAGCAUUACCUCCCGUCUCUUCCCGCGGUCUUCUUCAUGUAGGCAAAAACGUUCUAAACGCUCGCCCAAGAUGUCGGGAGAAGAGCAAGCGGGGAGAGCCGGUGCAACCGAACGCAACGAGGAGUACGAGAGAAUGGAAAAGUGGCUGGAUGAUCACCCGGAGUUUACCCACGAUUAUUUUGCCAGGAAGGCCAAAAGAAGCAUGGUGGACGGGUGGUUGCUGGCUCAAGCUUUAUCUCACAGUCCCGGACUGAACUUCAAACAACCAGAGACCAGCAAUUCUAGUGGCUCGAAUUCUCGAAAUAAUUCUGGCACCAACACUCCAGUGCGGAAGAUUUCAGCCCAAGAAUUUGAUCGGGGUGAUAUCCUAAAUCCUAUCGUGUCCACAGUGGACGGCGCUCGUACAUUUCUCGGACCUUCGACGUCACAAACGUCGGUCACAAAUAAACUUCACCGACGCCCAAGAACAGAACUGAAAACUCUAGACGAAAAAGAACUUAUGUAUGAAUUAGUAAUUGACAUUUGUAAUGAACUUGAUGUCAACAGCCUGUGUCAUAAAAUAUUACAGAACGUGUGUAUUCUCCUAAAUGCGGACAGGUGUUCAUUGUUUCUGGUUCAUGGGCGCGGGGGUGAGGAGCGGUUUUUGGAGGCUAAACUUUUUGACGUUAGUGCCGAUACAACAUUGGAAGAAGUCUGUGAAAACAGGGAAGCGAUAAGAAUUCCAUGGGGAACAGGAAUCAUAGGCCAUGUGGCACAGACAGGAGAGCUCCUGAACAUUCCGGAUGCCUACAAGGAUCCACGUUUUAAUAAUGAAAUUGACCUGCAGAUGGGUUAUAGGACUCGUAGUAUUUUGAGUACACCAAUUAAAGACAGUGAUGGAGUAGUCAUAGGUGUGGCUCAGGCUAUUAAUAGGAUCAACAGCAAGGAUGAGCCUUUUAAUGCUUAUGAUGAAAAGAUUUUUUCCAGCUACAUGGCAUUUUGUGGCAUAGGAUUGAAAAAUGCUCAAUUAUAUGAAAAAUCACUGCUGGAAAAUAGACGAAAUCAGGUACUGUUGGAUUUGGCAAGAGUAAUAUUUGAGGAGCAAAACAAUGUAGCAAACUUAAUCUACAAGAUUAUGAUGCACACUCAGUCCCUUCUACAAUGUCAGAGGUGCCAGGUCAUGCUCAUUGAUGACCUCUGCAAGAAGAAUAUCAAACACUGUCCGCUUGGCAUGGGGAUUUUUUCACAAGUCUUUGAUUUGGAGAAUACAGAUUUUGACAACAGUGAUACUUUUAACAGAGAGUGGCCUGCGGAACCUAGAUUUCCUAUCCAUAUUGGCAUAUCUGGUUAUGUUGCUGCAACGGGAAAGACCUUAAAUAUUGCCAAUGCUUAUGAAGAUAACAGAUUUGACCCUUCUGUGGAUAUCGAUCCUAAUUUCAAGACGAAGGCCAUCUUAUGCAUGCCAAUCAAAAAUGCGCAUGGAAAAGUAAUUGGUGUCAGCCAGUUGAUCAACAAGCUGGAUGGUUCAAUUUUCAACAAGAACGAUGAAAAUUUGUUUGAGGCUUUUGCUAUAUUCUGUGGGUUAGGAAUCAACAAUACACAGACAUAUGAAACUGUAAUGAAAGCAAUGGCUAAGCAGCGUAUUGCCCUGGAAUGUUUGUCUUAUCAUGCCUCUGCUCCAGCUGAUGAAGCCCGCAGACUCAAGACAAUGGUUAUCCCAUCAACCUAUACAUACAAUCUUCUGGACUUUAGCUUCAGUGACUUUGGACUGGAUGAUGAUGAUACGCUAAAAGCCAGUAUCAGGAUGUUUAUAGACCUUAAUCUGCUGGAAAGGUUCAGAAUCAACUAUGAGACAUUUUGUCGUUGGCUGCUGAGUGUGAAGAAGAAUUACAGAGAUGUGACGUAUCACAACUGGAGACAUGCCUUCAAUGUCUGUCAAACAAUGUUCUGUAUGCUAAAAUCUGGUCAAAUGGACAAUAUACUCACAGAAACAGAAGAACUGGCUCUGAUUAUUGCUUGUCUCUGUCACGAUCUGGAUCACCGGGGCACCAACAACCAGUUCCAGAUCAAGACCUCCUCUCCCCUGGCUGAUCUUUACUCUACCUCUACACUAGAACACCACCAUUUUGACCAGUGCAUCAUGAUUCUUAGUACAAAGGGCAAUGACAUUCUAUGUAACAUCAGACAGGACGAGUAUGAAGAGGUCAUACAAGUGCUGGAGAAUGCCAUAUUGGCCACAGAUCUGGCUUUGUAUUUCAAGUUUAGAGGGGAAUUCUUUAACUUGGUGAAGAGCAGUGAGACAGAUUGGAAUCGAGAACGAGAUCGAGAUUUGCUGAGAUCCAUGAUGAUGACUGCAUCUGACGUGUCCGCCAUUACUAAGCCUUGGGAAGUGCAGCUAAAGGUUGCUGAUCUGAUAGCCAGUGAAUUCUUUGAACAGGGAGACUUGGAAAAAACACAGCUGAACAUCAAACCUGCAGAAAUGAUGGACAGAGAUAAAAAGGACCAUCUUCCAGAUAUGCAAGUUGGAUUCAUUGACUCCAUUUGUUUACCAGUGUACAAUGCUAUAGCAGAGAUUUCUCCAAGACUGCAACCUUUGUUAGAUGGUUGUAAAAAGAAUCGACAAAACUGGCAGUAUAUGUCACAGCAAAACAGCAAGCAUGUUGUUGAUGAAAGCAAAAAAGAAAAUGAAAGUAAAGAUGACAACGUACAGGAUCAAAGUGAAAGUUUAGAGGAAAAGGCAAUGCACAGUGAAAACGAAGACGAAAAUCUUCAACUCAUGGACAUUGAAAGUGGUGAAGAUUCAGAAGACAUAGCAGUUAGCUAAUGAAUGCAUGUUCGUUUAAACCAUUUUUAAUUAUUUUAACUUUCUCAAGAGUCCCAUUUGUAACUCAAUCUGUCUCAAAUGACCCUGGUUGUGUCUCAGGGUUUGACUAAAAAAGUAUUUAAGGGUCUCUAGGUGGGUUAUCUGAGACAGGAUGAUACAUUGCUUUAUAUGAAGUCCAGUGCAGGUUAAAUGUGACCAAUCCAUAAAAUCAGCCAUUGUGAUAUUUGCUUUUACCAUGCUAAUUUAUUUCAUUAAAUGUCAGUGCAUUAUUUUUCCAACAAAUUAUUUAUGUUGUAUUGAGGAAUCACCUUUCUUCGAGUAAUCUUUGUGAGAUUGAGGACUACAAUGAAAGAGUUUUUUGAUUGCAGAAACUUAUUUGUACACAUACAUGUGCAUCUGGUAUUUUUUCUAAGGUUAUAAAAUAUUUAAUAAGAUAUUUAAAAAUUGGCUUGGUCAUCAUGUAUUUUGUAUCAUAUGCAGUUAAUCACCAUUAGAUUGCUGCCUUUUCGUCUUCAACAAUGUACUACUGGUAUAAUAAAUAUUGCUUGCUUGGAAAGGUUGAUUCAUAUCAUUGAUUAUCAUUGUUUAAAUUUAGGUGGUUUAAUUUUUUUUUAUUAUAAAUGGUAAAUGUGCUUAUAAUGAUCCUAUAACCAUGUAAUCUGCACAGGGUAUAGAAAGAUAUUAAUGCUUUGCCUCCAUUUUUUUAAUUUUCAGGUUAAUGUUCAGGUGUUGAAAAUGAGUAGGGGUAUGUUAUAGUUGAUAUUACAAACAGUGUUCAGUUGAAUGAGUUAGAAAAUAGCAAAAUAUUAUCAAGACAUGUCUGUAUAUCUACAGUAGAACCUCAUUUAUCCGGACAAUUUGCAUUGUUCCCAGUCAAAAUCGUUGGGAUAGUGAAGCAUCCAGCUAUCUGAAUUUCCUUGAUUUCGGCAAUAUGGCCUUUCAUACCAAUGAAAGUAGUGAUCUGCAUUAUGUUAAUAUGUUUUAUUAUAUAUGUAAGCACUACUAAAUAACACUUGUUUAAAUAGAAAAACAGUACAAUGAAUGUAUAUGGAAAAGUAAUGUGGUGCCUUUAUGAUAUAAGAUUUUUCCUAUAAGACUAUUAUUAUUGAAUAUCUGUAAAACAUGAUACUAGUAUUUGUUUAUAAACAAAUUGUCAUUAAGUCAACAGGAUUUGAAAAUGAUCAAUAUUUGAAAGGUACAGUUGUCUUGAUUUUCUCUGAAUUUCCACUGAAAUCUUCUCUAGAGUGAAUAUCUUAUUUGAUUAUAGAAUAUUGAAGUGAUUGAUUAGGAUCAUUAUUGUAGUCAGACAAAGCCAAGUUUCACCUUAAGUGAUCAUUAUACAGUCAAACAUCGUUAUCUCGAACUUGAUGGGACCAAGAAAAAAACUUCGAGAUAUCCGCGGAUUAGAGAUAUCAAGGGUAAAAUACUGAAAGAAUAAGAAGAUGGGACUUCCAAAUCACUUUGACAUAUUUAUAGCAUUUGAGAUAUCAGUGUUCGAGAUACCAAAGUUCAACUGUAUUUCCAUUUUAGAUCAGAAAGUAAAACACUGUUACAGUGAACACACUUAUAAUGAAUUCACGCACAUAGUGAUGUGAUUUUCAUUCCCUGUGCUUUAAAAACAUAUUAUGAACUUAAUAGAUAAUGAAUUACUUUUAUAACAAAUCAAAAUUGUUCUUCCCUGGCACUUUCCAAUGUGUAUAUGAUUUACUGUGCACAAAUCUAGAAAAUGUGUUAAUUUUGAUUUUCCAAGUUUGAGCUAUCAAGAGCAAAGUAUUGUCUACCAUAUGAUUUUAUCUUAAUACUCAUUAGGGCUACUGUCAUUUCAUAUUGCUACCAUUGGAAGCUAGAGGUCAUUAUGUGACAUUUGUUAAUUAAGUUACGGUACAUUUUUUGACCUGAAAUAAUAUAUUGAAAGAAAUUGCUGAAGGUGCCCAUAAGGUGUAAAUUUCUGUUAUUGGUAUACGGAUAAUUGAGUGAAAUAGGUGUAAGUGUGCUUUAAAGUCAUAAUCAAGUAAUAAAUGCAAACAUCACUAAGAUGAGGGUGAAUGGAUAUGGGAAUAGAUGUGUAUAAUUUCCAUUCUGCUAUCGUCAUUAAUUAGCCAAUUAAAUGUCAAUUCACCAAACCAGUCCCAAGCAUUAUAUCAAAUUCUCAAUUUGAUUGUAUUAAUGUUUUAUGUCCUGUAUAUAAAUUUAUUCUUUAAAUUCAUCAUUUACUUUUUUAACAUUACAUGUACAUGCUGCUUAUGCGUUGAUAAAGUUAUGUGACGUCUUUGUACCUUUUCUCAAUAUAAUAGAACCAGAUGAUGAGCAUAGAAAAAUUUUGUACUGAUGUAUUUGAGCAAAAAUAACUGUAUUCUUUAAACCUAAAAGUGUAUUCAUUCUCAGAAAAUGAGAAAUAUUGUAGUUAGAUUUUAAUUUAUUUCCUUUGUUAUAUAGUGUGUUGCAUUGAGUAUUUUUGUUAUUAUUUGUUUUGGCAGCAAAUGGUAAUGACGUUGUAUAAUAACCUUUGCCUUAUGUAUGGUAGGCAUUGUGAUUUUUUCUGUGAUACAUCAUUUUUUCUUACCCUUCCCAAAUAAAACAAUCAUGUUAAUCUG